AUGACUUUAGACUUUGAUAUUUUCUUAUCUGUAUUAACAUUUACUACACAAAAACAUCCAUUCCAAUUAAGAAAAGGUGUACAACCUAUGUUGAACACCCAAUUAAAAAGACACAAACAACACAUUGAAGAAUUAGCAGAACAUUUUGGUAAACAAAUUACUCAAUAUGUAUGUGAGGUAACAGAUAAUAAAAAACAUGAUAAGGUAACAGGAAAAAACUACAAAUUGAGUAUAGUAAAACAAUUUCUUAAAGAGGUAACAUGA